GAAUAUGCUAAUGAGAAGCUACAGACUAGCCAAUAGAACGGCGGGGCGGUACACCACGUGGUUCGGGGACGUGUCAGGGGCGGAGCCGCUGCAGCCCCUGCCCGAGUUAAAACCGGAGUGUGAGAGAGAAAAGCGCUUCAGUAGCGAGAGGGGCUGAGAAAGUGGUGACACCGUCGGGGUGCGGAGGGAGUCCCUGAAACUUCUCCCAACAGCCCCAGGGCCAAUCUCCCCUCAGCCCACUCCCCUCUUCGCCAGCUCCCAGGUCCCCACUCCCUGCACCGGGGGUGGGGUGGGGAGCCAGGCCCGUCUCCCGCUGGGACACACACAGGGGCCGGGAGCGGGGACGGGACCCCCGAGGCGGGGGGGACGGACCGACAGACAGACGGCCGGGCGCCCGCCCCAGCGGGCAGGCAGGCAGGAGGAGGCGGAGGCGGGGGUACGACGGGGAGGACUGGGUCUGGGGAGUUUCCUCUCAACUAUCGGGGGAGAAACUCCCCGCAGCCGGAGGAAAGACCCAGACGGUGUUUUCCUCCCGGGGGCCGCGCUCCCCCGCCCCGCGUAGCGGCGGUCGCCGCUGCCGCCACCGGCGCCUCCACCUCUACCAUCUCUUUCUCCACCACCUCGGGCCCCGGUGUCCCCGGCCAGCACUAUGCCCAUCUUACUGUUCCUGAUAGACACGUCUGCCUCUAUGAACCAGCGCAGCCAUCUGGGCACCACCUACCUGGACACGGCCAAAGGCGCGGUAGAGACCUUCAUGAAGCUCCGUGCCCGGGACCCUGCCAGCAGAGGAGACAGGUAUAUGCUGGUCACUUUCGAAGAGCCGCCCUAUGCUAUCAAGGCUGGAUGGAAAGAAAACCAUGCAACGUUUAUGAAUGAACUGAAAAACCUUCAGGCUGAAGGACUUACGACUCUUGGCCAAUCCCUAAGGACAGCUUUUGAUUUAUUAAAUUUAAAUAGAUUAGUAACUGGCAUAGACAACUAUGGGCAGGGAAGAAAUCCUUUUUUCUUGGAGCCAGCAAUAAUUAUUACAAUUACUGAUGGGAGCAAGUUGACUACCACCAGUGGAGUCCAGGAUGAGCUCCAUUUACCUCUUAAUUCUCCUUUGCCUGGAAGUGAAUUGACCAAGGAACCUUUUCGCUGGGAUCAGAGACUUUUUGCACUAGUGUUGCGGUUGCCUGGCACCAUGUCAGUAGAAUCAGAACAGUUGACAGGUGUGCCUUUAGAUGACUCUGCAAUCACACCAAUGUGUGAAGUGACAGGCGGCCGCUCAUACUCUGUUUGUUCUCCAAGAAUGCUUAAUCAGUGUCUGGAGUCCUUGGUGCAGAAAGUACAAAGUGGGGUGGUAAUAAACUUUGAAAAAGCAGGACCAGAUCCUUCCCCUGUAGAAGAUGGGCAGCCAGAUAUAUCAAGGCCUUUUGGAUCUCAGCCUUGGCAUAGCUGUCACAAACUCAUAUAUGUAAGACCAAAUCCUAAAACUGGGGUUCCUAUAGGUCAUUGGCCUGUUCCAGAAUCUUUUUGGCCAGAUCAAAAUUCUCCAACACUACCACCUCGUACAUCUCAUCCUGUAGUGAAGUUUUCCUGUACAGACUGUGAACCAAUGGUUAUUGACAAACUUCCUUUUGACAAAUAUGAGUUGGAACCUUCACCACUGACUCAGUUUAUCCUGGAAAGGAAAUCUCCUCAAACAUGUUGGCAGGUAUAUGUGAGCAAUAGUGCAAAAUAUAGUGAACUUGGUCAUCCUUUUGGUUACUUGAAAGCCAGCACAGCACUAAACUGUGUCAAUUUAUUUGUGAUGCCUUACAAUUAUCCAGUCCUUCUUCCCCUCUUAGAUGACCUGUUUAAAGUGCAUAAAGCAAAACCAACGUUGAAAUGGAGACAGUCAUUUGAAAGUUAUUUAAAGACAAUGCCUCCCUACUAUCUCGGGCCCUUGAAAAAAGCUGUUAGAAUGAUGGGAGCACCUAACCUAAUAGCAGACAGUAUGGAAUAUGGACUUAGUUACAGUGUCAUUUCAUACCUCAAAAAACUGAGUCAACAGGCCAAAAUAGAAUCUGAUCGAGUCAUCGGUUCUGUAGGCAAAAAAGUAGUACAGGAAACGGGAAUUAAAGUCCGAAGCCGGUCACAUGGUUUAUCAAUGGCAUAUAGGAAAGAUUUUCAACAACUGCUCCAGGGAAUUUCAGAGGAUGUCCCUCACAGACUGCUAGACCUUAAUAUGAAGGAAUACACUGGGUUCCAAGUUGCUUUGCUGAAUAAGGAUUUGAAGCCACAAACAUUUAGAAAUGCUUAUGACAUACCGAGACGAAAUCUUUUGGAUCACUUAACAAGAAUGAGAUCUAAUCUUUUGAAGAGCACCCGUAGGUUUCUUAAAGGACAGGAUGAAGAUCAAGUACAUAGUGUUCCUAUAGCACAAAUGGGGAAUUACCAGGAAUACCUCAAGCAAGUACCUUCUCCACUAAGAGAACUUGAUCCUGAUCAGCCUCGAAGGUUGCAUACGUUUGGAAAUCCCUUUAAGCUGGAUAAAAAGGGUAUGAUGAUAGAUGAAGCAGAUGAAUUUGUAGCUGGACCUCAGAAUAAACAUAAACGGCCUGGAGAACCAAAUAUGCAAGGGAUCCCUAAAAGACGUCGGUGUAUGUCUCCACUCCUAAGGGGCAGACAGCAGAAUCCUGUUGUGAACAAUCAUAUUGGGGGAAAAGGACCACCUGCACCUAUGGCUCCAGCACAGCCAGAUCUUAUUAAAUCCUUUCCUCUUCAUAAAAUUUCAGAGACCACUAAUGAUUCGACAGUAAUAGAUGAUGUGGUUGAAAAUCAUGUUGCAGACCAACUUUCAUCAGACAUUACACCAAAUGCUAUGGAUACUGAAUUUUCAACAUCUUCUCCAGCCAAUUUACUGGAACGGCCAACCAAUCAUGCAGAGGCUCUUGGUCAUGACCAUUUAGGAACUAAUGACCUCCAUGUUGGUGGAUUUUUAGAAAAUCAUGAGGAGCCAAGAGGUAAAGAACAAUGUGCUGAAGAGAAUAUACCAGCAUCUUCACUCAACAAAGGAAAGAAAUUGAUGCAUUGCAGAAGCCAUGAAGAGGUCAAUACUGAACUAAAAGCACAAAUAAUGAAAGAGAUCCGAAAGCCAGGAAGAAAAUAUGAAAGGAUCUUCACUUUACUGAAGCAUGUGCAAGGCAGUUUACAAACAAGACUAAUAUUUUUACAAAACGUCAUUAAAGAAGCAUCAAGGUUUAAAAAGCGAAUGCUAAUAGAACAACUAGAGAACUUCUUGGAUGAAAUUCAUCGAAGAGCCAAUCAGAUCAACCAUAUUAAUAGCAAUUAAAAGAAAAUAGAAUGUGGCCACUUAUUUCACUAUCUUCUCCAAAUACAAAGUAAAUACAAGACUGUUGUGAUCUUGGAUUCGUUUUUUUUGACAUGCGUUGUUGGCUAUUUGAAAUACUAAAAGCAAAUCUACAGAUCCUUUUUCCAUCAUUUUACAGUGACCUUUUCUUCAUUUUGGUUUAUUUUUGUAAUGUGAAAAUUAUCACUCUAGAAAACAUUUUUAUUUAACAAACUAAAAAUAUUCCUCCAAAUCUCUUGCUUGUCAUUGACUCUUGCGUGUCAAUUUCCCUCAGGUUCUAUUUUCUUAAACUAACCUUUAAAAUUGUCACCUCUGUUAAGGUUGAACUUUGCCAAAAAAAAUUAAAAAGAAGUUACUUUGUAAUUUUUGGGGAAAAAAGCACAUACAUUAAAACUAGGUAAUGUUUUGUAUAUACAGUUAUUUUGGAUAUAUUAUUGUAAGUUGUACAAAUGUAUUUUGAAGAAUAUUUAAGAAAAGCACUUUUGUUAUUCCAUCAAUAAAUGCUCUAUUUUACUCUUGUGUGGUUUAGGAAAUAAUCACAUUUAAAGUAAUCAUUUAAAAAAAAUCCUAAAAUAAUGGAAUUUUAAAGGCCUUGCUUUUUAGCAUUGGAAAAAUACACCACUUGAAGUUCAUAUUUGUUAAACCUAACUGUAAUUACAUGUUACAUAAUCUGCAUUGUCUUUUUACUAUAUGUUUGUAGUUUUUGUUGGCCACGCCAACAUAUUCCCAUUUCUGCCUAGAUAAUGGGAAUUACUAUGUCUGUGGCAGAUAGGCAGACACUUUAAAAGCUGUUAAAAAGCAGACAACUUUGGACAUUAUUGGUUUCCUUACUUCCCCUUCAAUCCCUUUUCCUUUCUCACUUAGAUUGUGGAUGGCACUAAAUGGAAGCUGUUAGGGAGUGGUAAGUUUGGGGUACACUGUAUACUCUGAAAUGUCUAGCCUUUAGCAGCUUGAUACCGUGCCCCAAACGUCUACAACAAAUUGAGGGUUCAAAAGGAUCUCCUUGUUUUGUUCUGUUCUCACACUUAAACUCUCUAUUUCAUUUAGAAGCUAAAUGGAAAGGAAACAUUUAAGAAGACUUUGUUUAAUUUGCAUCCCCUUUUAGUUACACAGGAUAAGGAAAACCAAUACUAUUCGUUCUCCACCCUCAAUCCACCAUGGUCUAGUGUAUCCUUACUGAGGAAGUGAUCCUAUGGCCUGACUCACUCACCAUUCAUAGAUCACUGCUGUGCCUUUUAGGGGGUGGGGGUAGGGUAGCCAGUAGAAAAGAAGGUUAAAAUAGAUUUGGAUUAAGAGAGGGCAACAGAAACUUAAUAAAAUAGAAGUAUUUUUAGGUUUAUAAUAUUGAAAAUCAUAUACCCUUAUCUUUUUACACUUUAUCAGAACUUUUUUUAAAUUUUAAGAGUAACAAAAUGAAUUUACAGCUUUUUAUGAAGAAAAGCAGCAAUGAAAGUGGAGAACAUACUUGAGAUCUGCUAAUUUAGUCUAGGGGAUUUGAAACUCUCCCGAUACUGAAGACAAACCCUGUCAAGAAAAAGAAAAAUUUAACAUAAUGUUAUAUGGUAUUUUCAUAUGCAAUUCUUUAAACCUUGCUUACCUCUACAAAAAUACCUUUCAGUAAAGCAGGAUAUCAUUUAAUAAAUGGAAUUGUUAAGGUAACUGCCUAUAGUCAUGUUGCUAAAUUCAACAAGUUACACAAAACCCAGAAUAUAUUAUCUGCUCUUAAAUUAAUAUAUAUUUAGAUUCUGAGGUUAAUAGGAGGGAUUAGAAGUCAUUCAGAUAAAAAUCAUACUUAACAAGUAUCUAGGAAAGAGACUGAGUCUAUUCCAAUAUUUAGCAGCUUUCCUUAUCAGAAAGUUCUUAUUUCCAUUUCACAGGUUGCUCGUGAGGUAAAAAUCCUUUAGAUCCUUGACCUUUUAAUACAUUUUCCAGAAUGAACCCUAGAAGGAGUUGGGAAGUAGCAGUUUGUUCUGUCUCCUCUUUUUGUCCUUUGUCUCUCUGCCACUAUACUCUUUACACCCUCAUCCCAGCACCUAGUUACAAGAUUGGAAACCCAUCAAAACUAAAGGGUAAUAUUCCAUCUCCCUCAGCUUUUUAAAAUGCAAAUAGUUAAAUUAGUGAAAUACUUAUUGUAGAAUUUUCGUCAGGAAAGGGAAAGAAUAUAUCUGUAGUGGCAGGAGGGAAUGGAAUGUCAUGUCUUUUAGGCCCCUUAGAUCAUUGAAUGACUUUAGGCUGGACAAACAUUCUUGGAAAGUUUAAUCUUGAGGUUUUUAGAUCACUUAAUGUUCCCCUAUGUGUCUCAUUCAUUGACUGAUUUGUCAGUUGCUCUUAUCAGUAAAAUUUGUUAGUUUGGAGAAGUGAAGGCUGAGACUCAAUUCUAAUCUCUUCAAUAGCUGUCACCAGAAGAGUAGCCACUUUGCCAUGUGAUGUGGGCAAGUGCUUCCCAGAAAGAUACCUAAAUUCACAAGAACUCUGCUUCGAUUUGCGACGGAUUGUGGAACUGGUUUUGGGUUACCCUUAUAUUUUCACUCUGAUUACUAAGGCAGUUCUGAAAACUCAUACCAUUGAAAUAGUGGUGUGUCUUUUCCUAGCUCAAGGAUUUUCAUCACUUUUAUGCAGUUACCAACCUUUAUUGGCUACCAGCUUUUGGCAAUGACCUUUCUGCUCAUUUAGUCCUGUCUCUCUGUUUCUUGAGGGAAUAGAACCUGUCCUUGUUUUAUCUUUCAUUUUUUGACAUGUAUCCUUCCUAAGAGAGGACUCUUUGCUACUUGUUCUGAGUGAUAAGUGACAUUUUCAUCUAAUCAAUAUGGGGUUGGGAUGAUCAUGGUGAAAUAUAAGGAGGAUAUAUUCUGUUGAUGGACUUUUUUCUCCCCAAAUAAUCCCCAAAUAGAUUAUUUUCUAGUGAAUGAUUUUCAUUUUUUGUCACAAAAAAAAAAUGUUCCUUUGAUUUCUAGCAAAAGUUACAGCAGUAUGCAACUGAUUCUCAGAUAAAAUGAUGUUGACAGUAUUUCCUUAAUAAUUUGUGUAAAACUAUGCGUAAUUUUCAUUAUUCUAACUUUUGACAUUUUUUUCUCUCCAUAAAUAAAAGUAAUGCCUGAUGUUUAGUUAAAGUA